UUCUUCAAAAACAUCUUUCCAUACAAAUAUUUCAUAACUUUCAGAUAUUAUUUAGUCAUGGCCAUGAAGUUGAUUAACACCUUCUUUACUCUCCUAGCAGCAAUGACCAUUGUUGGAGCUGCAAAUUUCCACGAUGAUCAUAUCGAAGACGUGGAAAUGCAGACUAGUACUGUAGCAGAAGCAACUACAUUGCCUCAAACACCAGAUGAAGCAGAAGCAACUACUUCUUUAAGACGAGUGAGCCGUUUUCUUUAUAAUCAUCAUAAAAAUAUACCACUGCCCAGUUAUACUUGCGACAACUUUCCCAGGAUUUGUCGUGCGAAGAACAGCCUGGGGCCAGACUGCUGCAAGAAGAAAUGUGUUGACGUGAAGACUGAUCGGUACAACUGUGGGAUUUGCGGCUACAGAUGCAAGUACACUGAGAUCUGUUGCAGGGGUAAGUGCGUCAAUGCAUCGUUUGACAAGAAACAUUGUGGUGGGUGCAAUCAGAAGUGCAAGAAGGGAGACUUCUGUGUUUAUGGGAUGUGCCAUUAUGCAUGAUUAGUUCACAGUAUAUUACUGCUAUACAUUUAUCCUGUCACAUCAUGACAGCUUACAUAACAAUCUUAUGUAACCAACAAAGAGAAGGGAUCUUAUAGUAUAUGUUAUAUAUAUAUCCUCUGAAAUUUUUAUCCAU